GAAGUGACUCCGUGGCUCUGGGACAGAGUGGUCAGUUAUUGAGGUCUGCACUUGUAGAAAGAAGCGGAAACAGAACAGUUUUAAGAAGCAAAGAGAAGAAAACGAUGUAUUCACUGGUAGAAGUAGUUAAUCGGACUUAACGCCUGCCGCCAUGUUCAGACGGAUUUAUCUAGUUCACUGUAAGGAGCGGUGGAGACUAUGUUAGCUUGUUAGCUUAGCCGCGCAGCUUGACAGUCAACACUGACUUAGCAGCUAACGUUUCCUUUUCACAACUAAAGACAAAGCAGUCAUGACACAGAAAGUCAGCUUGAGUUCUGUUUCCCUCGGAGUUGAGGGUAUGACCUGUGGCUCGUGUGUCCAGUCCAUAGAGCAGCGGAUCGGGUCUCUGCAUGGAGUCAUACAAAUAAAGGUGUCUUUAGAGCAGAAGAGUGCCACGGUCAUAUUUGACCCCAGUGAGCAGAGCCCUGAGUCUCUGUCAGAGGCCAUCGAGGACAUGGGCUUUGAGUCUAGUGUACCAGAGAGCAGCACUGCUACACCGGUAUCUACAGACACCCAGCUGAUUCCCACCUCAGGGUUAACAUCUGCUGCUCAACACCAGGCUUUGGAGAAGUUGUCAGAAAUUCCGGGGGUGCUGGAUGUCCAGGAGAGCCCACCCAGCAUGGGCCUGACCGUCACUUUUGUUCCCUCCCUGACCUCUAUACAGCUGCUCAGAGAGGUGAUGGCCGCCGCAUCACCUCAGGAAAUCCCAACACCUGGCAGCCCUUCGCAGAAAGACCUUAACUUGUCCCAGUCGGAUGCUGUGGGCGCUGGAGCCGCAGUUCUGAAGUUCAGCAUUGAAGGAAUGACUUGUCAUUCUUGCACCACCACCAUUGAAGGGAAGAUUGGAAAACUGAAAGGGAUUAAAAAGAUCAAAGUUGUUCUGGACUCUCAGGAAGCUACAGUCGUCUACCUGCCUUACCUCAUCACCAUCCAGACCAUCAUCGACCAGAUAGGCGUGGCCGGAUUCAAGGCCACUGUGAAGUCCAAGUCCCUCCCUCUGCAGCUGUCCCACAGAGACAUGGAACGUUUCAUCGAUUCUCAAAAAGCGACGCUCUCCUCCCCAUCCGAGACGUCUGAGGAGACAGAGGUCUUCAUAGACACGGCGCUCACCAGGCUCGGGGUGAAAGGCAUGCACUGCCGUUCUUGUGUGGCCAAUAUUCAGGACAACAUCUCCAUGCUGCCUGGCGUUUCCUCCGUGGAGGUGUCUCUGGAGAAGGAGGAGGCCUCCAUAUGCUACGAUCCUCUGAAGGUCACAGUGACUCAGCUGCAGCAGGCCAUUGAAGCUCUCCCUCCUGGAAACUUUAAGACUGAACCUCUGGACUUCUCCCACACACUCAGUCCUGUAUCCACGGCGUUGCAUCCCAGACCUGCCGCUACUCAGCCAUGUUUUACCCAGCCGCUGGUGGCUGCUGUUAACAUUCACAUUGAAGGCAUGACGUGCAACUCCUGUGUGCAGUCUAUUGAAGGAAUGAUGUCCCAAAGAAAGGGGGUGAGGUCAGCUCAGGUGUCUCUGACUGACCACCAGGGAGUAUUUGAGUAUGAUCCUCUGCACACCACACCAGAGGAGCUGAAAGAGGCCGUGGAAGAUAUGGGCUUUGAUGCUUUUCUGCCUGAGAGCAAUUCCCUGCUGCCUGCAUCAGAUCCCAUAUUACCAAAGUCUCCACGUAUCCAGAAGAAGGACUUGGAUAACGAGCUCCACAAGGAAACGCUCCUGGAACCCACCGGAGACACGCCCUCUAAAUGCUACAUCCAGAUCGGAGGAAUGACCUGCGCUUCAUGUGUGUCGAACAUUGAGCGAAACCUUAAAAACGAAGCUGGAAUUUACUCCGUCCUGGUGGCUCUGAUGGCCAGCAAAGCAGAGGUCCGUUACAGCUCUGAGGUCACGGAUCCUCUGAAGAUAGCGGAGUGUGUGAGGGAGCUGGGCUUCACCGCCUCAGUGAUGGAGAACUACGAAGGCUCAGAUGGAAACCUCGAACUCGUGGUCCGGGGGAUGACGUGCGCCUCCUGCGUUCAUAAAAUCGAAUCAACCCUCGUUAGAGAAAAGGGGGUUAUUUAUACCUCCGUUGCCUUGGCGACCAAUAAAGCUCAUGUCAAGUAUGACGCAGAAGUCAUUGGACCACGAGACAUCAUCAAGCUGAUCGAGAAUUUGGGCUUUGAAGCAUCUUUAGUGAAGCGGGACCGUUCAGCCAGUCACCUGGACCACAGCAAAGAGAUACGACAGUGGAGGAAGUCCUUCUUUGUGAGCUUGAUUUUCUGCGUGCCUGUGAUGGGCAUGAUGAUCUACAUGAUGAUCAUGGACCACAAGAUGAACGCUUCACAUCAUCACAACGCUACGAUCGAAGACCGCAACCUUUACCACUCUAACAUGUUCUUGGAGAAACAGCUGCUUCCUGGUCUUUCCAUCAUGAACCUCCUCUCCUUUCUUUUCUGUGUACCUGUACAGUUUAUUGGAGGCCGUUACUUCUACAUUCAAGCCUGGAAAGCAUUUAAGCACAAGUCUGCCAACAUGGACAUGCUCAUCGUUCUGGCCACCACCAUCGCCUUCAGCUACUCUCUGGUCAUCCUGAUCGUGGCCAUGGCGGAGAAAGCAAAAGUCAACCCCAUCACCUUCUUUGACACGCCUCCCAUGCUCUUUGUCUUUAUCUCACUGGGGCGCUGGCUGGAGCAGAUUGCAAAGAGCAAAACAUCUGAGGCUUUGUCCAAGCUGAUGUCGUUGCAGGCUACAGAGGCCACCGUUGUCACUCUCAGCAGUGAUAACUCUAUUCUCAGUGAGGAACAGGUAGAAGUUGAGCUGGUACAGAGAGGCGACGUGGUCAAAGUCGUCCCUGGAGGGAAGUUCCCGGUCGAUGGGAGGGUCAUCGAGGGACAUUCGAUGGCGGACGAGUCUCUUAUAACAGGAGAGGCCAUGCCAGUGACCAAAAAGCCCGGCAGCUCAGUGAUCGCAGGCUCCAUAAACCAGAACGGCUCCCUGCUGGUCAGUGCUACUCACGUUGGGAUGGACACCACGCUGUCUCAGAUCGUUAAACUUGUGGAGGAGGCUCAGACUUCUAAGGCUCCUAUCCAGCAGUAUGCAGACAAGAUCAGUGGCUACUUUGUUCCCUUCAUCGUUGGAAUAUCUCUGCUCACUCUGAUUGCCUGGAUCAUUAUUGGGUUUUUGGACUUUUCUCUGGUGGAGGAUUUCUUUCCUGGUUACGAUCGAAGCAUUUCCAGGACCGAGGCAGUGAUUCGGUUCGCUUUCCAGGCUUCCAUAACCGUGCUGUGCAUCGCCUGCCCCUGUUCUCUUGGCCUGGCAACACCAACAGCUGUCAUGGUGGGCACUGGGGUUGGAGCACAAAAUGGGAUCCUGAUAAAAGGAGGAGAGCCCCUAGAGAUGGCUCAUAAGGUCCAGUCUGUGGUGUUCGAUAAGACCGGCACCAUCACAUAUGGUGCUCCUAAGGUCAUCCAAGUCAAGAUGGUUGUGGAAGGGAACAAGAUGCCUCGCUCCCGCCUGCUGGCCAUUGUAGGUACGGCGGAGAACAACAGUGAACACCCACUAGGAGCCGCUAUUACUAAAUACUGUAAACAGGAGCUCGGCACGGAAUCUCUCGGCACCUGCACCGACUUCCAGGCGGUGCCGGGCUGCGGCAUCCGUUGUCAGGUCAGCAACACGGAGUAUUUACUGAAGCAGGCGGACAGCGACAGCGAGGAUAGUAACCAGCGUAGCGGCGCCCUCGUCCAAAUCAGUGACACUCGCUUGCCGGCAAACUCCCACCCGCUCACCAUGGAUCCACAGCCGCUAAGUUUGGUUCAGACGGCGGCAUAUGUUGUCCUGAUCGGCAACAGGGAGUGGAUGAGAAGAAACUGCCUUCAGCUCAGACCAGACAUCGAUGAAGCCAUGAUCGAGCAUGAGCGCAGAGGACGCACUGCCGUACUAGUUGCUGUAGACAAUGAGCUGUGUGCAAUGGUGGCCAUAGCUGACACUGUGAAACCUGAGGCGGAGCUGGCGGUCCACACGUUGACCAGCAUGGGUCUGGAAGUGGUGCUGAUGACCGGAGACAACAGCAAGACGGCGCGGGCUAUUGCUGCGCAGGUGGGCAUCAGGAAGGUAUUUGCGGAGGUGCUGCCCUCCCACAAGGUGGCUAAAGUGGAGCAGCUGCAGCAGGCUGGAAAGAGAGUAGCGAUGGUCGGCGACGGAGUUAACGACUCGCCUGCUCUGGCAAUGGCUGACGUGGGCAUCGCCAUAGGAACCGGGACAGAUGUGGCCAUUGAGGCAGCAGAUGUGGUGCUGAUCAGGAACGACCUGCUGGAUGUUGUCGCCAGUAUCGACCUUUCCAAAAAGACGGUUAAGAGGAUCAGGAUCAACUUCAUUUUUGCUCUUAUCUACAACCUGGUUGGCAUUCCUAUUGCUGCAGGUGUGUUCCUGCCCAUCGGCCUGGUCUUACAGCCGUGGAUGGGCUCUGCAGCGAUGGCACUCUCCUCUGUCUCUGUGGUUUUGUCGUCUCUCCUGCUGAAAUGUUACACGAAGCCCAGCGCCGAGAAGCUGGAAGCCAAACUGGGUAACAGCAGGCGGCAGGGCAGCCUGUCUGACGUCAGCGUCCACAUCGGCAUGGGGGAUCUGCGCCGUCCCUCCCCCAAACUCAGCCUGCUGGAUCGCAUCGUGAACUACAGCCGGGCCUCCAUCAACUCGCUGCGCUCCGACAAACACUCGCUCAACAGCUUGGUGCUGAGCGAGCCCGACAAACACUCGCUGCUGGUGGGGGAGGCGCUGUGCGAGGAGGAGAUCUGCUGAUCUAACGCAGCUCCGGCUGCACAGGAACGCCUGUUGUUCAAGCCUGAACCAUGCUGAGAGGGUUUCUCUGAAAACUAAUCCAUCCAUACUUGAAGUUAGCUUUCACAACCUCUUUGUUUUUCUUAGCUAAACCCAAACCCUCCUACUGACACGUCCUGUGAAGAGCCUGAAAGCUGACGCUCCUUUGCCUUUACAGUCUUCAACAAAAACCAAAAGACAUUUUAACUUCAGCACUGCUUGUUACAAGUGGACGCUACAAAUGAGGAAAAUCUGAACUCUUAGAUGCCUUUUCUUCCAAAUAUUUAUAUCAUUAUUUAUCUAUUUUUGUCAAUGUAUCCUCUGAUGUGAAGAAUGUUGAAUCAAAAUGCCAAGUCUGAUUUUUUUUUUUUUUUUUAUCGAAGUGUAAUAAUAAGUGAGCAGCAAUGUAACAAGCAGAAGGUUAACUGUAGGAGACAGAGCUGUAAAUGUUAUCCAAGUGCCACCUGAAACGCAACCUUUGCAAAGUCCAACACAUUCCAAAGAUAGCAGCCUUUACAAGAUUUCUGCGACUCGAGGUGUGAGCAAAGGUCACUUGUUUAUAGUCGGCGUGCGCUGAAGGAUCCCGUCUUUGCACCUUUUUUUUCUUCAAUGUGAAGAUUAAUCUUUUAUCACUGAGCUGAAGUUGUUACAUGCAGUGAUGUUUUUGGAUUGCUUUACCUGCCUGCUGCGAAAAGGCCUCACCUCGAGGAGACCAAACACUACUUCUGGUUACAACUCAUAAAGUCCAGUGUUACUUAAUGUAGAUUUGAUUUUAUAAUGGAUUCAUGCGUUUGAUCACAGAAACGAUUGUCCUUCAGCAUCGGUGGUCUCUAAUCGAAUCGACCAAACUGGUGCUGGUAAAUCCAUGAAGCUUGUUACAAUAAAUCACUUUGUACAAUCAGAGCAACAUGAGAUUAGAGGAGUGGUAUUUUACAGUCGGACCAUAAAACUGUCUUUUUUUUUUUUUGCAGUAUUUUAUUAUCUGGUGAUAGCUGAGUUAUAUUAUGUGUAUAUGUAUCACUUAUUCCCACAAAGCAAAACAUGUACCCGUUUCAUCCCACUACUUCCCAAUAACACUAUUUUCUUCUGCAGACUAAUCUUGAAUUUGUAUUUGUGAGUCCAGUUUAUGCCAAUCUGUUGUAUUUGUCUGAUCUUUUUGUGAAAAAAGUGCGUAAAGUUUCAGGUUUGUUGACAGCCUGCCUAUCCUCUGUGGUUUCUUCUCAACAUUGUGCCUUUGAAUAAAACGCUUUUGUAAUGCA